AUGUCUGGCUGGGGUACGCAGUCAGACUCCGCCGGUUGGGGACCUGCUCCUGCGGCGAACGAUGCCUGGGGCGGCGGCGCUGCCGCUGCCACCUCCGGCGACUCUUGGGGUGGUGCGGCGAGCAACGAUCACACCAUGUCCGGCGGUGCCAACAACUGGGACGGUCCUGCUAAGGACUCUGCGGAGAAGCAAACGGCCGAUUUCGCCACGGGCUUUAUUGAGCCCACCGCCUUUACCGAUGGUCCAGAUGGCACGAUGGAACCUCGCGGCGAGGCAGAUGACAAAUGUUUCAACUGCGGAGAGCAAGGCCAUCGAGUUGCCGAAUGCCCCCAGCCUCGGGAUACCGCGUGUCGCUACUGCAAGCAGGAGGGACACAUGGUACGCGACUGCCCAGACAAGCCAGCCAUGGUUUGCAACAACUGCGGUCUGGAAGGACACACGCGAAACAACUGCGAGAAUGCACGCAAGGUGAACCGAGAUCACGUUGCUGAUCUCUCCCCGGAUGAAGCCUGGGACAAGAUCAAAAAGGCCGUCCUGGAGCGAGAUGUGGAUGACGCAAAGGAAGCCGUCCAGGAGUACGUUAAGGCUACGGGUGGUGCUAUCACCUACAGAGAACUCCAGGAAGGCCUGUUCAACGAAGGCGUUGAUCUUUUCCUGAUUGCCACUGAGAGAACCUUGGUCACCGUCUUCACCAACAUGGAUCUCCAGGGCAACAUGGGAAAGAAGUUCAGCAUUUCGUAUCGCUUCACGGACAAGCCGGACCGACCUCGGGAGGCUGAGUCGUUCCCGAAGAGUCGCGAGGAGUUGCUUGCCCGUCUUGACGAUGCUGGAGAAGUCGUGAACUCCGGUCGUUCCAAGUGCCACAAUUGUGGUGAACUUGGCCAUGUUGCCAAGUUCUGCACUGAGGAAAGGACGGACAAGCCGGAGCAACCCAAGAUCUCGUGCACGAACUGCAACGAAGAGGGCCACCGCCUUCGCGAUUGCCCACAGCCUCGCGUGGACCAAUUUGCUUGCAAGAACUGCGGCAAACCUGGUCACAAGGCGGCCGACUGCGAAGAGCCGGCGAAUCUCGACAACGUGGAAUGUCGCAAGUGUCAUGAAAUGGGACACUUCUCCAAGGACUGUCCUCAGGCAGGCCCUCGUGGAUGCCGCAAUUGCGGUUCCGAGGAGCACAUGGCUCGAGAUUGCGAUCAACCUCGUAACAUGGACCUCGUUACCUGCCGCAACUGUGAGCAGCAGGGCCAUAUGAGCAGGGACUGCCCGGAGCCCAAGGACUGGUCCAAGGUCCAGUGCUCGAACUGCCAAGAAUAUGGACACACUAAAGUCCGCUGCAAGAAGGCGCCAGCCGACGCAGAUGGUUUCGAGAACCAGGGCUUCGACACUGCUGCGGGCACGAACGAGCAUCCUGGCAAUGACUCUUGGGGCGGCGGAGAUGCUGGCCAGGGAGGACAGCAGUCCUACGACAGUGGAGGCUGCACGAUGGUGGGCGCCGAGAUCAUCUUUUACCACUACACGCGGUCGCCCUACGCACGGAGGGUCGAAUGGUAUCUCGCCCUCAGGGGCAUACCGUACAGAGAAUGUCUCCAGCCGCUGGCCAUGCCGCGGCCGGACCUCGCGCGCCUGGGCAUCGCGUACCGGCGCAUCCCCGUGCUGGCCAUCGGCCGUGACGUGUAUCUGGACACGCGGCUGCAGCUCCGCAAGCUGGAGGAACUAGAAGACAACGUGGCGGCACCGAAGCUCGGCGCGGAGAUGCCCGAGGGCCAGGCGCUGGAGAGGCUGCUGGAGCUGCUUACGACAGACGGCGGCACGACAUUCAGCGGCAUCACGUCGCUGCUGCCCGCCGACAUGCCGCUGUUUAAGGACGAGGCGUUCGUGCGGGACAGGGCCGACUUUUUGGGAGGCGUCGAGCUGAAGCCCGAGACGAUGCGGCGGGCACGGCCGGACGCGCUGCGGGAGCUCGCGGGCGUGUUUAAGUUGUUCGAGACGACUCUGCUGGCGGACGGGAGGGAUUGGAUCCUGGGUGGCACGACGGGGCCGGGCCUGGCGGACAUUGAGGCCCUAUGGCGGCUGCACUGGAUCGUCAACGUACCCGGCGCGCUGCCGGAGACGCACUUUUCGCCGGCGGUGUACCCCAAGGUAUACGCAUGGAUGGCGCGCUUCGACGCGGCAGUCGCGGCGGCACGGGCAGCGCGACUCGGAGACGACCAGCAGCCGCCGUCCCGGCGUGUGCUCUCGGGCGAGGAGGCCGCGAGGGCGAUUCUGUCGUCGCCGCUGCACGAGGAGUACGAGGAGGGGCUUGCCUCCGUCGUCGACGCGGGGGACCACGUCGUCGCGGCGCAGGGGCUGGCGAGGGGCGACGUCGUGACGGUGUGGCCGACGGACACGGGCGUGUCGGGCAAGGUCUGCGGCAGGUUGGUGGCGAUGAAUGGGGACGAGGUGGUGAUUGAGACGGAGGCGGAUAUGGAGGGCGGCAGGGGCGGGACGGUGAGGGUGCAUGCCCCGAGGCACGGGUUCAAGGUGCAAAAGGGGACAUCGGCGCAGUAG